AUGUCGGUGGCUCCGCGCGCACAACUGUUCCUCUUUCUCAUCUCCCUCUCAUCCCGGAUGGGGCUCAGUCGUUAUAUUGAGGACAACGAAGCUUCAAACGGAUUAUAUUCUCUACUUAGUUUGGACCAGAAAAGAGAAUCAGAGGAUUUUAUUCUCCGCCGACCUCUCAGAUGUCUGGACAUGCUGGCCACUGAGGGCUACUUCACCUUUGUGGCAUCUCGGCCACAGCUAGCCUGUGCUACUUUCAUCAUCGCUGAGCCUAAUGAGGUCAUCAGUCUGGAACUGUCUGACGUCACUAUCGACUGCAGUGCUGGAGACUUCAUCAAGAUGUUUGACGGCUGGGUUCUGAAGGGAGAGAAGUUCCCCAGCGCUCAGGACCACCUGCUCCCUCUGCACGAGCGCUACACAGACUACUGCUCCUCCACAGCAACAGGAGCCACAAGCCGCUCCUCUCAGAACGUCGCCAUGAUCUUCUUCCAUAUUCACAGCCCUGACAGUGGCUUCACACUCGCUGUCAGAAAACUACACAACCCUUUCCCCUGCAACAUCAUGUCCCAGAGUCCAGAGGGCAGCUUCACCAUGGUGAUGCCACAUGCACGAAGGAACUGCAGCUUCUCUAUCAUCUACCCUGUGGAGAUUCAACUGACAGACCUCAGCCUGGGGCAGGCCAAAAGCAAUGAGCUCAGCCAACAGAGGCAGUUAUGGUCGGGCUGUUCGGGUUCAGGUGAUUAUGUGGAGCUGCUGGGAGGGAACGGGGUGGACACGUCUAAGAUGUUCCCUGUAGCUGAUCUCUGUUUCUCUCUCAGUGGGCUUGCCCAGAUGAAGAUUGGUUGUGAUAAUUCGGUGGUGAGGCUGGUUUCCAGUGGGAACUACAUCAACCGUGUUUCCUUCCAGUACCGACUACUGGAAGGCAACGAGCUCCCCAAGACCCGAGAGAACAGUCUGGAUAACUUCUGCACUGUGGAAUAA